GAGGCGGAUCCAUCAUGGCGUCGAUGCAGAAACGAUUACAAAAAGAACUAUUGGCAUUUCAAAAUGAUCCGCCUCCGGGAAUGACUCUAGAUGAAAAGAGUGUACAAAAUUCAAUUACACAGUGGAUUGUAGACAUGGAAGGUGCUCCAGGAACACUCUAUGAAGGAGAAAAAUUUCAGCUUUUAUUUAAGUUUAGUAGUCGGUAUCCUUUUGAUUCGCCUCAGGUCAUGUUUACUGGAGACAAUAUCCCUGUUCAUCCUCAUGUUUAUAGCAAUGGUCAUAUCUGUUUAUCCAUUCUAACGGAAGACUGGUCUCCAGCCCUCUCAGUGCAAUCUGUUUGUCUUAGCAUUAUUAGCAUGCUUUCCAGCUGCAAAGAAAAGAGGCGACCUCCAGAUAACUCAUUUUAUGUAAGAACAUGUAACAAGAAUCCAAAGAAAACAAAAUGGUGGUAUCAUGAUGACACAUGUUGAUGCCACCAUUUUGUGAUCCUCGUAGCAGAAGAUAGUCCUACUGAGAAAAUGAGCACUUUGAUCAUUCAGUCUUUGAACUUUAACCUUUGACUGGAAGUGACCUAUAGGCAAUGAAGACUACUUCCUUUGACUGCAUUUUUACUAGUGUGCAUUCUGGGCGCAUGUUGAUCGCUGGUUCAGUCCAUGCAACUGACAUGCUUUUAUUAGUCAUACAGUAUUAAUGCAGGUGUCCAGAAAUGUCAGAAUAAUUCCAUUAUUUUUAUUUUAAGCUUUUGGAAGAAUUCCAAGUCUUCAUAUAUUGUGCAAUAACACUGAGCUCCUUGGCGGUUUUGGUGCAUCCAUUGCCGGCAAUGGACAUUGUACCAGGGAAAGGUUUUGCUCCUGCCACAAAAAAAGAUUGACACAUGACAGAACUUAUGAAAGGUUUGGAUAUAUUUGGAUUACAAGCAAGGGAUUGACAAUUACCUUAAAUCCAGCCCAUUCUUUUAUAUUUGGAUUCUAUGCACUGUGACCACAAAACUAGCAGCAUGAGUUAACAUGCCUAGCUGAAGGACUGUAAUAAGAUCAUUAUGUAUUUAUUAAAUUGUUUAUCUGCUGUCAAAUUGUUUUGACAUGGGCGGUUUUUCAAGUGACAUUGGCAGAGAGGUACAAUGUUAUCCCUAUGGUGAAAUAAAACUACUUUUUGUAUAUAGUUAUUCAUAUCUCUGAAGCAAAGGUAUGAGUAAUUUAGGGUAUGAGUGAUUUAAACAAGAAUUUAUUUUGAAGAUAGAGGAUGGCAGUGAUAUAACUGAACUAGCUACAGUCCGUAAUUGGGCUUGUAAUUUGUACUUUAGAGCUUUUUCCAAAUAGAUUGCACACUGUUAUUUCCUGCUAGCCAUCAGCAUGAGCCCUACUGCCUACACCAAUAUUUCAUUUAUUUAUGUGUUCGAAAGCAAUCCAUAUAACAUUUUUUGUUUGCAUUCACUGUUUCUUUUGUGUUGUAUGUCAUGUUUGAAUGUUAAAAAACAAUAUUUUGAUUGAAAAGCUUUGUCAGAAGAUAUUUUCAUGUAAAUUAUUUCUUUAUCUUGUAAGCAUCAUCUUGUCUUUUAAUCCUGUAUUAUAAAAAGAAAAAAAAAUACAUUUUUGACAGAGGCUUAAAGUUUUCACAAAAAAGUGUGGACCUUCUUAUUUAAGUUUAGACUAAAGUAAUAUUUUUCUUAACUUGCUUGUCCCACGUAGCCAUGCCAAUUUUUCCAGGCUUUUCUUCACCAAAAAAGGGGGAAAAGCCUAAAAUCAGACAUUUUUCUGUGAAGCAACAUUUAUUCAAAUGAUAGUUGUUCUCAGCACUCUAAUAUUUUGAUACUGCAAUUAGGUUGUCUUUUUAGGAAGCACUUUUAUAAACUAAAUACCUUUACACAUAUGCAAAAUUUCUAUAAUUUUUUUUUACUGUUGCCUUAUUGUUGCACUCAAAAAAAAAUUUCAAGCAACUAAUGCAUGAAUGUCUAGAUCAGUAGCUUGAUGUAAAAACAAAAAAAGCAAAAAAAAAUUCCCUAAACCAAAUCCACAAUGAAUAACUACAAUAAAAAGCAGAAAAUUGGCUGAAAAGACUGAUUUUUUUUUUUAAUCUGCUGUAUGAUAACUGACAUUUUAUAGCCUUGUACAUACUUCUCUGUUACUUAUUGUUUAAAAUACUUUUAAAAAAAUAUAGGUGCUUAACUCAGGGUGGAUAGAGUUUAGAUGGAUUUGCUUCAGAGAAGUAUUUUGUACAGCAUCAGAACUGUAGAUAUUGGCAGUAAAGUGAGGCUACAAUAUCCUUUAGGAACUGCUUUUUUUUUUUUUCCUACUGUACUGAAAAUAUCUCAUGGCCUUUAAAACUCAAUGGUAAAAUCUAGCUUUGGAUAUAAAUUUGAUGUGUGUAUAUAUUUUCACAAUGAGCCUUGGAAACAUAGAAUUAAUUUUCUUUUAAGAGCCAAAAAAAAGUAGUUUUAAACAUAAGAAAUACUUACGCUACAAACUUCUUGUUUAGCAAAAUUUUAAUGUUGUGCAAUCAUCAAACUGGUUAUUUUUGGAAAUGGUUCAUAUGAACAAGCAGGAAUCUGAUACUUAAUCUGUGUAGUCUUGUUCACUGCUCUGUAUUAAUUGAAACAAUUUAGAAAUUCAUGUAUGAACGGUUCACGUAAUGGAUCCUAUCAAAAUAGUCCACAGGAAUCAGACCUUAGCGUGACCAGGUAAUGUCUGAAGAAAUGGCUUGAGUGCAUCUCGGAUUCAAUUAUCUUUUCAUGUAGUAUCUUGGGAAAAUACAAUACAUAGUUUCAGAGAAGCUUUAUGACAUACCAUAUGUAUUUUGUUGAGGAUGGGUGUUGUAGUGCAAAGCAUUUUACGUUUUAUUGACCUGUGCUAACACAUGGACUAUAGUGAAGUUAAAUAACCAAAUUUAUGCUGCUCUUUCAUAAACCCCCACCUCCUAUAAUAUACUUAGAUCAAGAAAAUGCAAAGUAGACUAGAAGAGAAUGUACCUCAGGUCUUAUAGUUUACAGUAGAAAUGCCUCAUUGGUUAUCUUGUAAAUCUGUGGGGAAGAUCACCUAUAUAGAGAGGGCCAAGACAAAACUUAUAUACCACUCAAGCCCUCAAAAUAAUGCAACUAUUCUGACAAUGCUAUGAUGUCCUGAAAAAGGGCUUGAAGUAGAUGGAGGUGGUGCCAUCCUUUCUCAAGGGUGACUCUGUGUAUGUAACUUUCUUUCACUUGGAAUUUCUCACAUGGAAUGGUUACAGAAUUAGCUUGAAACUAUCUUGCUUUUGUGUCAAUUUUCAUGUUGUUAAACACUUUGUUUAGUGUCUUUAUACUAUAACACAAUAAAUUCUUGUUUUAAAAUAGAUUUCUACAGUUGAAUGGAAAUACGUGUGGGCCUUUUCAUGGUGGAGUGCAGGAGCACAGUUCCUUGCAUUCAGCCACUCUUAAGAUAAAGCUGCCAGUAAUUCUAAAAUGUUAUGAUGCACUUCAGAGGAGGAAUUUGCAUAACAGCAAGGUGUUUCCUCAUUCUCCAGAGUGUAUCUGUUGUAACAGAAAGAAAUAGUUAAUUUAAAAAUAAAUCACUCAGAUGUUAAGCUUUCAUUUCUCACAGAUGAGCGUAUAGUUCUUUAUUGUGGGUUUUUUUUUUUUUUUCCAUUUGAAAACACUUAAAAUACUUAAUGAGAAAUUUCAGGUCCAGGAUUCUUGUUUGCCUGCAGUGGUGGGAAGAGAGUUUCUAUUAUUUUAUCAGCAUCUAUCAAGACUGUUCAGUCAAAUCUGUGCCUUGUACCAAUAACUGCUUUCAGUUUUUUACAGUUUUUUCAAGGGAUGAUGUCUUCUGCUUUUUAAAAGACAAGGCACUGCAUACCUAAAACAUAUAUUUUCUAUGAAAAAAUUAAGUUUUCAGAAUUCAUAUAUUUUCUAUUGUGAAAAUUAUUCUAAAUGUUUGAUUUUUUAAUUUACUACCUUUUUUUUGCAAGUUGACAAAAUCUAAGAUGUAAACUGUAUUUAAAGGUUUGCUAAUGAGACCAUAAAGUUUCCAGGUCAGUAAUUAAUGAUGUU